AUGCAUAUAAAAGAAUAUAGAGUACUUGCCUCUGAGAAGCCAUCAGAAGCCAACCCAGUGCCCCAGGUCUUCUGCAACACAGUGUUUGCCCAGAACGAGAUAGUCGCAAGAGGUAAAACAUUCAACCUCCUAAAGAAACAGUACAAGAUCAGACUGUCAACAGGUGUUACUCUGAAAAUAGAAGAGGUUCCCCAGUACAAAGACGGAAAAGUAAGAACAUUUGGAGUAAGAGCCUCUUACAUACUGAAGAGAAAGACAAUCAACGUCCACAAAGAAAUCAGAGCACUUACCAGAGCAGAAGCCGUGUUCAACCUGUGGCAAGACCUCAGAUCAAGACACGGUGUAAGACCAGAGACUGUUGGAAUCAUCGAUGUAGCACUGAUUGACGAGAAGGACGUAACCAGCAAGGAGCUUCUUCAGAUCAUGAACAACCCCAAGUACCCAUUGUUUGACAAGAGACUACCAGCCACUGAGCCAGCCUGCAAAGUAGUUGCAUUUGACAGAGCAUAA